AUGCCCCUGGCGACGAGCGACCUCCUCCCGUCGUGCACGGGCCGCGUGGCGGAAUGCGAGCCCACGCGUGGCGCCGCCCUCUCCGCGGGGCUGCUCCUCGGCGCCGGCAGGCGUCGCAACUCGCGGCGCAGGGUGCCGGCCGUGCGCGGCCUGCCCACGAUGGUCAGCGACAAGCUCACGAUCACGAACAGCGACCUGUACGUGGAGCCCAGCCAGAUCUUCCCGGCCAUCCUGGACCGCAGCAUCAAUGGGAUUUAUCUGUCGAACGAGCGGCUGGACGUGGACAAGGAGGUGGAGAACAGGAGGAGGAAGGUGUCCUUUUGUGGGAUGCCUGGUGCAUAUUCUGAGCUUGCAGCAAUGGAGGCAUGCCCUGGAUGUGAAUUAGUUGGUACCAAGUCAUGGGGAGCAGCAGUUGCGGCCGUUGUGUUGGGGGACUCAGAGAAAGCGGUGGUACCAAUUGAGAACUUUUACACAAAAAGAAUUCGCAUUCUCUAUGAGGUGCUUGUAAAGUACGAUUUGCAUAUUGUUGAUGAGGUUUACUUGAACAUCUGCCACAUGCUUCUUGGAUUGCCGGGGUCCAAGAAAGAAGACAUCAACCGGAUCGUGAGUCACCCUCAGGCCCUUGUUCAGUGCGAGCGCUACAUAAGGGAGCAGUUCCCUACAGCAGGCGUCAUGGAGCUACCAGACACUGCGGAGGCCGCCAGACAGUUGGCGAUCUACCGUCCACCCAACACAGCAGUCAUCGCAUCGCGCCGCUGUGCUGACCUUUACCAGCUGUCGGUUUUGGAUGAGAAUCUCCAGGACCUAGAGAACAACCCAACCCGAUUUGUUGUACUUGCAAGGGAGCCUGCGGCACUUGAAGGCGUCGAUCCUGCCAAGUGCAAGACUUCCAUCCUGUUUGCCCUUCCUGUGGACGACCAGCCUGGGGCGCUGCUGGUGGCGCUCGACUGCUUCACGAAGGAAGACAUUAACCUCGUUUGGCUGGACUCCAGGGAGCUGAGCCCCGGCGAGGCCGAGGGGCUGGACUGGAAGUACCUGUUCUACGCCAACUUUGAGGGCUCCGUGGAGGAACCCCGAGUGCAAAGGGCGCUGGAGGGGCUCAGGGGACUCGCAAAGUACUUCCGAGUGAUGGGCAGCCACCGAAUGCAGGCUCGCUUUCUUGAGGACUUUCCGUGA